CGGACUCCCGACGCUAAACAAAUAUUGGCCGCAAACAAGCAUAUCUAGCUUGAAGCUCAUUAGCGGCUUUCUACACUUCGUAUCAAAUUGCCUAGGUGCCCAGAUCCUCAUGUCCAUCUCCGUGCGAACAUUCACCGUUCGUCUGGUGAAGGCUGAGGAAUCAUUCUCGCGCGCCUCCAGACGCAUACUGGUGCAUGCUGAUGUCCUAAGAGCUGUCAAGAUUGUCGCAGGCGAUGUUCUCGCAUUAGCUUCGUCCGAUGACAAGAGUGACGAGAAAUACUUCAGUAUAGGCAUAGCUUGGCCUAUCGUAGAUGGAUCAGCUGAGGUCGUUCAAGUCUCUUCUGCCCUCCUGAAGACCGCGAGAUUGGACUCGGGUAGCAAGGUCAAGCUGUUUCUUCUCAGUCUGAAGGCCCCUCAAUGGCUUCCCGCACUAAACUGCUGCGAAGAGGCUCGAACUGUCCAUCUGUACGAAGUUACCGAGGGCGGAGACCAUAUCAAGCCUGCAGGUUCGGCCAAGGACAAACAACGCGACUGGCUCCCGCUCCUUCUCAGGGAAGCACUUGUCGAUCUGAAGUACAUCACGCACUCACAACUCGUCGAAGUUGUCUACGAGGGACGAAACCGACGCUUUGCCGUCCAAUCUGUCUCCAGAGCCAUAAAUAACGGACAAAAUGAUCUCAACGAAUUAGCCACUAACCUUAACGAGCUGGCCCUUGACUCAAAGCCCAAGUUAUGGACUGUGGGAUGGGACACCUUUGUUACCAUUUACGACGAUAGCAAAGGCCCCGAUGACAAGAUCGCCGACAUGAGAGGCAUAGAAUCAACCUUGCCUGCUAACGCUUAUAGCGCUGUAGGUGGCGUCGACAAGCAGAUUGCCCAAAUCCGGGACCUCAUUGAGAUUCCUCUAACACAUCCGGAGCUCUUCCGCCACUUUGGUCUCAAACCGCCUCGUGGUAUCCUCUUGCAUGGCCCGCCGGGAACAGGAAAGACUCAUCUCGCACGUGCAAUCGCGGCUUCAACGAACUCUUCGGUCAUCAUCAUCAAUGGUCCCGAACUUUCCUCUGCUUAUCACGGCGAGACUGAAUCCAAGAUCCGUGACGUCUUCGCCCAAGCCCGGGCGAAGAGUCCAUGCAUCGUCGUGCUCGAUGAGGUCGACGCGCUGUGUCCCCGGCGUGAGGAAGGCCCCGGUGGAGAGGUAGAAAAGCGCGUCGUGGCGCAAUUGCUAACUAUCAUGGAUGGCAUAGAGGAAAUAGGCAAAGACGGGAAGGAGGAGCAGGUCGUAGUCGUCGCGACAACUAACAGGCCGAAUGCCAUCGAUCCUGCCCUUAGAAGACCGGGGCGAUUUGACCGAGAGAUCGAAAUUGGUGC